UUUAUCAUAAAACCAGCCACUCAUUCUAACGCUCACAUAUCGAUCAUUAUAUUUCAGCGUAGCGCAAGGUGAGUUAACUCGUUGGCUUUAAGCCAGCAGCCUAGCAGGCUAACGUUAGCGUGGAGCUACGAGAAACUGACCCACCCGAUAACGAGAGCUAGCUGGCUUGCUAGGGUAACGUUACCAAGCGAAUGGUGUGUCAGGCUAUGCAGUUGCUGAUUUAAAUAAAUUCGGACCUUUGGUGUGAUGGUUAUACUGUAGCUGUGGUACAAACACGUUUGGUCGUCUGCUGACAGAUGAGUUAGUCGCUAGUUGUCUCCUUACAAGGCAUUCUGCAAGCUAAUAGUACAUGUUAGCGUUAGCUGUGUAAUGUUCACACGGCUUGUGGAGUGCACUUUCUAAUCGAGGCAGGUGAGUCCUAGCAAGGAUGACGAUGCCGCAUGUAGGCGCAGUAUUUGCAGCAGUAACAGGAGUGAUGGCCAUCAUGUUGCACUCCUCCAUUCACAAAAUAGAGGAAGGACACCUUGCUGUGUACUACAGGGGUGGGGCGUUGCUGAUUUCUCCCAAUGGUCCUGGAUAUCACACUAUGCUUCCUUUCAUUACCACUUACAGAUCAGUGCAGACUACUCUCCAAACUGAUGAGAUCAAGAAUGUGCCUUGUGGAACAAGCGGUGGUGUGAUGAUCUAUUUUGACAGAAUAGAAGUGGUUAACAUGCUGGUCCCUUCAGCAGUGGUGGACAUAGUGCGGAACUACACUGCUGAUUAUGAUAAAACUCUGAUUUUCAACAAGAUUCACCACGAACUCAACCAGUUUUGCAGUGUACACACACUACAGGAGGUCUACAUUGAGCUGUUUGACAUUAUAGAUGAGAACCUGAAGACUGCGUUGCAGAAAGAUCUUAAUGUUAUGGCACCUGGACUUACAAUACAGGCAGUCCGUGUUACCAAGCCAAAGAUCCCCGAGGCUAUCAGGAGGAACUUUGAACUCAUGGAAGCAGAAAAGACUCGUCUGUUAAUAACGGCUCAGACACAGAAGGUGGUAGAAAAGGAAGCAGAGACUGAAAGGAAAAAGGCCAUUAUUGAGGCUCAGAAAGUGGCUCAGGUAGCAGAGAUCCAGUUCCAGCAGAAGGUGAUGGAGAAAGAGACAGAGAAGAGGAUCUCUGAAAUAGAGGAUGCCGCCUUCCUGGCCAGGGAGAAGGCUAAGGCUGAUGCCGAGUAUUACACUGCUGCCAAGUUUGCUGAAGCAAACACGUUGAAGUUAACCCCAGAGUACCUGGAGCUGAUGAAGUAUCAGGCCAUAGCAGCUAAUAGUAAGAUCUACUUUGGCCAGGACAUCCCUAACAUGUUUGUAGAGGGAACCAACAGUCCGCCUAAGUCUUUGCACACUGAACCAGACUUGCUUAAAGAAAAGCUAGAUGGGCAGUGAGUCCAAAGCCCUGCCUCUGCACAGGACAGGAGAACCUGAUGAGGACUUGUCUUGCCUGUAGGGUGGAGAGCACUGAACUGAAGGUGAGGGGUGGGAUAGCUUUGCAGCUAGUUUUGUGAACAACGCACUUCAGUCUUAAAUCUAAAUGGCGAAGAAAGGGUGGGGAAAAUGUUAGGUGAAAGACAAGCGAAAACGAGAGGUAAGAAUGGCAAGAUAAAAGGGAAAGUAUUUUCUUCAACUUCCACUCAUCGGGAAAAGACAAGUUUUAGGAAUGAGAAUGAUGCCAUAGUCAAAAAUCAAAAGCAUAAUAAAUGCCUAUGCCUGGGAAGGCGGCAGCAAGUCGCCCUAAUUUACACGUGCUUGCAAAAAGUGCAGUGUUGAACUUUGCUUUUGGAUCUGCAUUAAUUUUGUUUGUUGUAUGCAAGAGGGGUGAUUUGUGAUGAAUAUGAGUUUAGAGAAUAAUUUCUGGUUUAGCUGAACUGGAAUUUGACAGGUGACACUAAUUAAAAGCAGGAUGGUUUGUGUAAGUUAGUCAUGUGGGUAGGUCAUCUCUUACACCAAUUCACUAGUUGGCUCUUCUCUCUCAACGUGAGUCAGUGUGAGGGCUGUUUAAUCGCACCCCAUAUCCAAUGUUGCUAUGACUUUUAAAUAGGUUUGACAAGUUACUACAGAAGUUCGAUUAUUAUACAUGUGGAUUAUGCAGCAGAGUCGCUCACUUCAUGGAGCCCACCUAAAUUUCCAGUUGACUGGAAUCGCACAGAUAAGAAAAUUGACCUGUGAAAGGUUUUUUUUUUUUUUUUUUUUUUUUUAAAUAAUUGAUAGCAUUCUACGAACAAGUGGCCUGACUUUGUGAUAUUUUCACCUGAGCCUGCAUAAAUUAGAUAGUAUUCUACAGAUAGGGCUGCCAUCAUGUGUUCUUACAUAUACAGUGGUGUCAGAUUGGUUAUAACGUAGUUUAUUUUCUGUUAGUUUGGUGAUAGUUUGCUUUUGCGGUUGAGAGCGCAGCCACCACAGAAAAACUUGAGAAGCUGCACUAAGAUCUGCUUUGGCAUUUACUGUGAAGCCAACUGAGAAAAAAAUGUUCUAGUGCUGCUAAAAUAAAAAUCUGAUUUUCUCUGAUUAAAAAGUAAUUCAAGAUGAUUAGUAGUUAAAAGUUAGUUAAUAUGGGAGCACAACAAUAAAGCAGCUGAAUACCAGUGGGUUGUUACACUGGUUUCCUUUUUUCCUCCAUCUGGUUUUGAUUAUCAAGGCAAUGCAUGUGGAAAUUUGUACUGGCCUUAUUCAAAUGAUUAGUAGUGCCUGCGUUUGUCCGCUAGCUCUGUUCUUAUACAGCCUAUUGAGACAUGGCUAAAUGUAAAUUCUCAGGAAAUUGACUUUAAUGAAACAUCUGCUCAGUGUUGGACAGAGCUUACACUGUUCAAAAGUCAAAUAUGAUAACUGCAAGAAAAUUACAGAAAAUCGGCUUAUAUGCUGUGAAAUUGUGAAAUAAGAGGAUAACCAAAGUUGUGAUUUGAUGUCAAAUUAAAGUCUGUCGUCUUAUAAAAGAAAUGUGCUAAAAUCAAAAUUUGUCUCCUGCAAAUAUUUAAGGUGACAUUUUUAUUGCACCGUCGACAUUUUAUUGCAUCUAUUUACAGUAGGCAUCUGUGACAUUGAAUAUUGUGAGCAUGUUGGUCUGUCAAAGUAGAAAUAAUACAAACAACUGUCAGUGUUUACAUUUUUCUAUAAUUAAAGAGUUGUUGGACUUUUUUUUUCCAAGUUUUUCAAUCUUUGCUGAACAAGAUCAUUUCAAAGAUUUUAAUGGCAACACAAGCAACACACAGCUCUUAAUUAUAAUAGUAGUUUCUGAUUUGAAUUUGAGAUCAUUUUUUUGUGUGACGACAUGAAAUCCAGUACUAAACAAAAACAAGCUUUGUUCUAUUGAAAGAUGAAUGUCGAUGAUGCUUGGGCUUAAACCAGAUACAAGUUGGUGCUAGAUUUUUGUGUGUGUGUGUGUGUGUGUGUGUGUGUGUGUGUGUGCGUGCGUGCGUGCG